AUGACGGAAGAGAAUUUGGAAGAAGUGCAGCUUGAAAGUGCACCACCUCCUGCUCCAACUCAUGACUUUUUUGCCGAAGAUGAUGAACCGGAGAAAUAUAAAAUCAAAACACUUAUCACAACAAAGUUUUUCAAAAAUUUUGAUGACAGUGAGUUUGAAACAACUAAUAAAUUUUUACUAGAAUUUUUAAAAAUUUUCAGUUGAUCUUGGAAUUGUUCAUCUGUCAACUGAUAGAAUUCCCAGUGUUCUUCAAGUUCGAGACAUUGAUAUUAUUUGCUUCGUUUUUGCCAUGCUCACAUAUUGUCUUGAUUUGUAUACCGAUGUAUUAACAGCAGCGUUUCAUGCAGCACACGACAGGGUGAGUAGAAAUAAAUUUUAAUAAAUUAUCUGGAAAUACUAUUGGAGAUAAGUGCAAAUUUCACAGUAUUGAAGAUAAACUAAUUCAUAACUCUGAUCCUGUAAUUUUUCUCUUCAAUUCAUUUUUUUCAGUUCAAUUCAAGUAUUGCAAUAAUCGGUAUAACAAUUUUCUCAUCUCUUGUUUUAACCGCAACAUCGCGACACUGGAUGCUUCACACGGAUGUCAAAUACCAUCGAACAGUUCCGAAAAAGCGAUUGGUAUAUCGAUUGGAUAAUGAGAAAUACAUCACAUGGAAUCGAAUGAAAGUAUUUCUGCUUUUCCAGGUAAUUUUUCUGAUUUAUCAAAGUAAUUUUGAUUAUCAAAAUUUGUUCUUUAGGCUGGUCCAAUUUAUUGGUUAUAUAAGGCGUUUUAUUAUGCAAUGCAGUUCCGAAAAUAUGAACAUAGUGAAUUGAAACGAAGAUAUUAUUUCAAAAAGAUGGUUGAAGCUGAAAGAGAUGCGUCUAUUCUUCGAAUCAUUGAAGCGUUUUUGGAAUCUGCACCGCAGUUAGUCGUUCAAGGAGUUAUUGCUUACAGUUUCAUUUUCCUCGAUAAAUCACAGACUGGAAUUCCAAUCUUCUUUUGGUUCCAAGCUUUUUCAAUGUUCGUCUCAAUCAUCUCAUUAUCCUGGGGAAUCGUAGUUCAAAAUCGAUCAUUCCGAAUGUUCCGUGAUGAUAAAUUGAACCUCUGGCCACGAGAAAUAAUCCUGAUGUUCCUUUGGAGAUUUUUCACAAUAUUCUCAAGAAUCUGGGUACUUGUGAUAAUAACAGUAUCACCACAAGCUAUUCAAUUCUACUUUUUGCAUCUUGGCGCGAGUUAUUUGCAUGUUGCGCUUUUGCAACCCGUCGAAAUGAAAACCAAAUUUCACGAAUUCGGUGCGGCUAUGGUUAAUACUGUGAUUCAUUUCUUCGCACCAAUGAAUAUUGCGGAAGGAGAAACGAGAUGGAGAUAUGCAACGGCGUAUGCGAUUGAGUUAUUUGAAAUGAUUGUGAGUGAAAUAUUUUUAUUUUUUUAUUCUUUCAAGUUUAGUUAUAAAAACUAAUGACAAUAUUUUUCAGUACGGAUUGAAUACAAUGUUUGAACCAAAAACUGAGAAUGCCUAUGCCUUGCCAAUUUACAUAAUGGUCGUCACAAGUCACUUCAUAGGUAAGCUAUUUCGAUCAAGAAUACAAUUUUUGAACAAAACUCAUUUAGGAAUCGGAUUCAUGAUCACAUACUAUAAAUGGUUCCAUCCAAAUAUUCGAAAUGCUAGAGAGACAAAACGGCAAACUGAAAAUAGCGAAGAAGCUGCUGCGGAAUCUACAAAACCAGAAGAAAUGCAAUUGCAUCCAGAAGCUAUCGAGUUGAAAGAAGUUUCAGUAGCUGUUGAAGCAAUGAGAAUCGCUGGAGAUGUCAUUAAUGUUAUAAAUGACAGUUGA